AUGGCUUUAGGAAGGUGCUGGAAUUUGAGCUGCCCCUCACAGGCAACAAAAUCUAUUAGCGACAAAGUAGAAGUUACAGAGGAAAGCUAUGUUUGCAUAGCCGUUGGUAAAACUUGCCUCCUGAUCAGUUACACAACCAAUGCAUUUCCUGGAGAGUAUAUCCCCACUGUCUUCGACAACUAUUCUGCCAAUGUUAUGGUCGAUGGGAAACCGGUGAAUCUGGGCUUGUGGGAUACUGCUGGACAAGAGGAUUAUGACCGAUUACGUCCCCUCUCCUAUCCGCAGACAGAUGUAUUCUUAAUUUGCUUUUCUCUUGUGAGUCCUGCAUCAUUUGAAAAUGUUCGUGCAAAGUGGUAUCCUGAAGUGCGACACCAUUGUCCCAACACUCCCAUCAUCCUGGUGGGGACUAAGCUUGAUCUUAGGGAUGAUAAAGACACGAUUGAAAAACUGAAGGAGAAGAAGCUAACGCCCAUCACCUACCCACAGGGCUUAGCCAUGGCUAAAGAGAUCGGUGCUGUGAAGUACCUGGAAUGCUCGGCCCUCACACAGCGCGGCCUCAAGACAGUGUUCGAUGAAGCCAUUCGAGCCGUGCUCUGCCCACCUCCUGUCAAGAAGAGGAAGAGAAAAUGCCUGCUGUUGUAAAAUGUCUGGGCCCGUCUCCUGCUGCCCUGUGCCCUUGGAACCUUUGUACGCUUCGCUCAAAAAUGAUGGAGCCUUCGCACUCAAUGCCAAGUUUUUGUUACAGAUUAGUUUUUCCAUAAAACCAUUUUGAACCAAUCAGUAAUUUUUAGGUUUUGUUUGUUUAAAGUGUACAAGUUCAAACUUUCACAUUCUAUUAAAAUUCAGCCCCAAAAUGACAAGCUUUCUUAAGGCCUUAUUUUUCAAAAGCCCCUAUUCUUGCUCAGAGUAAGAGUUGCCAAAAUACCUUGUGAACUAAAUUGCAUUGUUUUGCUAAGAACACUAAGCACUAAACUGUUUAAAGACUUUUGUCUUUAAGAUGUAGCUUCUGAAGUUAAGAAAGGCAGACACUUUGUAACUCAUUUCACACAGGAGCAGUACAGCUUCUUCUGAAAUGUUGCCAUUGAAUGCAUUGAUAAUUGAUCAACCCAUGUUCGCCUAACAUUGUACUGUAUGUCACAAUGGAGUGAGUGCAACGACUCAACUCUUUGGAUUGAUCUUCUUGAUUUCAUAGUGAGAUUUUUUUUUUAAUGUUAGUGUAUUAGCUUUUGCUGAGAUUUUAACAGAACUCUUACGUGUCCCUCUGAGGAAGUAUUCUGCCCUAGCCAUGGGUGCACUGGGGUGGAGGGGUGGGGGACACUUGAUGGGAUCAAAAGACAAAGACAGUAUUUCGACAAAAUAUGAAGUGGACAUUAAUUUACACUACAUUGUACACGUAAUAAUUAAACUGAAUAAAAGUGUCACGGGUAAAAUUUUAAAAACGUUAAUUUCUGUCAAAUGUAGAUGAAGAAAGUUGGUAUUAAUCAGUUAAUCAGUAAGUGUUUUCUUAAGCUUUUCCUUUUUUUUAAAACCUGCAGCCCCUCCCAAAAUUGGGCAUUUAAUUCAUCUUUGAACUGGUCAUUCCCAUAGUUGCUAACUUAGUAAGUGCUUUUCUUAUAGAAUCUAAUGAGCAAUAUGCCUCCUUGUAUUAUAAUUUUUCUUGAUAAUGCAUUAGAAACUUUUUUUGUAGAGUAGUAAAAGUGCAUUCCUGUUUUCAUGUUACUUUAUUCAAGCUAAUAAGUGCUUUCCUUAGUUUUCUAGUAACUAGAUGUAAAAAUCAUGUGUUGCAUCUUUACGGUUUUUAAAAUAUUUUAGAUAUUCUUAAACUAUGAACCUUAACAUCACUGUCUUGCCAGAUCACCGACCUGUACCCUGACUAACGCUGACACUCCUGCCAUGCCCGCGUAGGCACGCUUCCCGUGGCUCUGCCUAACAGUGUUCCCUUGGGUCUGUGGGGUUGUGUAAGCCCCGUGCUCGUGCUAACGGAGUUCCCUACAUCUUACCCACUGGCAAGAAUACAAGGUUGGACCUUUCAACCACUAGAAAAUUUUUUAAAUUGACAAUUGCAGGAUUGUGGAGUGUUUUUACAUUGAUCUUUUGCUAAUGCAAUUAGCAGUAUGUUUUGCAUGUAUGACUUAAUAAAUCCUUGAAACAUA